AUGUCAGCUAUGGCUCUUGACUCGUCGCUAUGCAGCAAACGUCAUUGCACUUCACUUCGCGUUGUACGAUUACCCCGUGUGCGACGCGAUUAUUGUAUCGAUCGUGCGCGAUAUCGCUAUUCGAUCGCGUGCCCCGGCGCUGACAACUGGUGCUGGCGACCUUUGUUGUUGAAUGCAGUCGCCAACGCGUUUAAUGUGUCGCAGUGA